CGUCCUCCACUUCCACCACAGGAAAAACAAGAGGGAGAGAAAAAAGACAUUAAAAUAAAUCUAAGAGUCGAAGAAAAAAUAUAUUAAAAAAUGCUUAAUCUUUCCCCCAAGUCCAAUUUUCUCCUACUCCAGCAACUCUCCUCCAAUCUAAUUCUCCUCCACAACUUUCUAUCGGCACGAAUCUACAUGAAUAAUUCCUUCACAUAUUCUCUGCUCCCUACUGUAUCUAAUCCCUUAAGUCGUCAUGACUUCUUCCCAUUGUUUAUCUUCCCUUAGAAGCUCCACACUGCAAGCAUUGCUAUUUAACAACUCCAAUUUCUCUGUCCCCAAGCUCCGCCCUUUUGUUUUCUCUAAUGAAGUUCAUUCUUGCAGAAGGGAACUUUUCACUUGGAAGCCCCUGAAACCGAUCUACAGGCCAGGUUUAAGAAUCGGGAGAGAUGGAUUCACGAGCCCUUUUGCUUCCUUAUCUUCUUUUGCAGAGGCAGAAGGUGGAGAAGGUGAAGAAGCCAUCACUGCCAAAGAUCACCAUCUUCAUCAAGGAAAUGAAAAAUCUGAAGAUGAUGGCGAUGGAUUGCCUGGAAUGGCACAGGCUUUUCACAUACCUUCCAGGACAGCUUCAGCCAUAUCAGUUUGCAUAGCUCUGGCUGCUUUGAGUUUUCCACUGUUAAUGCCCUCUUUGGGGCAGGGAUUGGCAUUCAAGACUAAAGUUUUAUCGUAUGUUACCCUUUUGUUUGGCUUCUACAUGGCCUGGAAUAUUGGGGCCAAUGAUGUGGCUAAUGCAAUGGGGACUUCUGUCGGUUCCGGGGCAUUGUCGCUCCGGCAGGCGGUGCUGCUGGCCGCCGUGCUGGAAUUCUCCGGCGCUAUGUUAAUGGGGACUCAUGUCACCAGUACAAUGCAAAAGGGUAUUCUUGUUGCCAAUGUUUUCCAAGGGAAGGAUGCUUUGCUCUUUGCUGGCUUGCUGUCUUCUUUGGCUGCUGCUGGUACUUGGUUACAGGUUGCUUCAUACUAUGGCUGGCCAGUCUCGACUACGCAUUGUAUUGUAGGAUCCAUGGUGGGUUUUGGUCUUGUCUAUGGAGGAGCUGGAGCUGUUUUCUGGAGCUCAUUGGCAAGGGUUACAUUGUCUUGGGUUGUCUCCCCUUUAGUCGGAGCCCUGACAUCAUUUCUUGUCUACAAAUGCAUUCGCCGGUUUGUUUACAGUGCUCAAAAUCCAGGGCAAGCUGCAGCUGCGGCAGCACCGAUCGCUGUCUUUCUAUGUGCAACCGGGGUUUCGUUUGCGGCAUUUCCUCUUAGCAAGACCAUCCCUAUAGCUUUGGUCCAGGCUUUAGCCUGUGGAGCUGCUGCUGCUAUCUUAGUUGACAGGAUUAUACGAGGGCAGCUCGGGCACCUCCUUGUGAAGUCUUCUAAAACGGAUCAAGAGCAAAAAUUGGAAGCUCACCAAAGUAAACAGAUUGGGUUCCUGUCCGACAUAGCUGGUCCUACAGGGACCCAGUUAGAGAUAGUUUAUGGAGUCUUUGGCUAUAUGCAAAUUCUAUCAGCAUGCUUCAUGUCAUUUGCUCACGGUGGAAAUGAUGUUUCAAAUGCAAUUGGUCCUUUGGCUGGAGCUUUGUCACUUCUUCAUGGAGGUCUGAGUGGUGCUGCAAUAGUAAUUCCUAUUGAUGUUUUAGCCUGGGGUGGAUUUGGGAUAGUUGCCGGGCUGAUGAUGUGGGGAUAUCGUGUCAUUGCAACGAUUGGAAAGAAAAUAACCGAAUUAACACCAACCCGAGGAUUUGCUGCCGAAUUUGCAGCUGCAUCAGUAGUUCUGUUGGCUUCGAAACUUGGGCUCCCCAUCUCGGCCACUCAUACUCUUGUAGGGGCAGUGAUGGGGGUAGGCUUUGCUCGGGGGCUUAACAGCGUGAGAGCUGAGACGGUGAGGGAGAUUGUCACUUCUUGGGCUGUGACAAUACCGGCUGGCGCCUUCUUUUCUGUUGUUUACACAUGGAUCUUAACCAAGGUGUUGUCGACCCUUCUUUAAAGUAAGGUAAGGAACUUUUGAGUUCACGGGAUCGAUUGAUGGAUGGGUCACAACAUGGCCUAUAGCUCAAGUCUGACCCGCACCGGAGAAAUUGUUGGGAUGGUAUGGGGAGUUUGAGUUGAAGAUCAUCCUGUGCUUAUUGUCUGUGUGUGUAAUAGUUGAGUAUAGAUUCUUGGGACCAUUUUUAUCUGCUGUGCUGCUCAUGGUUAAUGUACAUCUUCCAUCUCAUGUGCUACUCCAUUCAUUGUUACAGUGACUCCCUUUGUUCUCUUGC